AUGGAAUCACUGGAGAACGCCGAUGUUUACACUAUAGGCUGGAUUGCCGCUCUGCCAAUAGAGCGGGCAGCGGCUACGGCACUACUCGAUGACCGACAUUCUGUGCCUCAAGACUUUGAGCAGAACUCAUCAGACUCAAACUCCUACACUUGGGGUCGGAUGGGUGUGCAUAACAUCGUGAUAGCGUCUCUGCCCGACGGGCAGUACGGCACUACUUCUGCCGCGACUACAGCGUCAAAUCUCUUGGCUUCCCUGCCUCAAAUUAGGAUUGGUUUGAUGGUCGGUAUUGGCGGGGGUAUCUCACGCCCAGCUCAAGAGCGUGAUGUCCGACUUGGCGAUGUGGUUGUCGGCCGACCUAGUGGAACCAUCGAGGGCGUCCUUCAGUACGACCUUGGAAAAGCCAAAUCGGGCCAGGCCUGGGAGAGAACGGGUCAGCUAUCUAGCCCCCCUCAAGUGCUCUUAAAUGCCCUUUCAAGCCUUCGAGCAGAGCAUGAGAUAGGUGAUCCCAAAAUGCUGGAAUUUCUCAAAACGAUGUGGGAGGCGAACCCGAAAAUGCGAAAGUCAAAGAACAAAGUCCCUGCUUUUAUCCAUCAGGGCUUUGAGCACGAUCGGCUAUUCAAGUCGGGGCAUGCUCACCCGUUGGGCAAUAAGACUUGCGAGGCCUGCGAGGCAGCUUGGGAGGAAGAGCGCGAUGAAAGAGAUACGACGGACCCUGAGAUACACUACGGACUCAUUGCAUCCGGCAACACUCUUGUCAAGGACGCCGACAUUCGCGACAAGAUAUUGCAAGUUGUUGGAGAAGAUUGCAUUUGCCUGGAGAUGGAAGCUGCCGGCCUUAUGAAUCACUUUCCUUGUCUUGUAAUCCGGGGAAUCUGUGACUAUGCAGAUUCCCACAAGAACGACCGGUGGCAACGAUAUGCCUCGGCCACAGCGGCUGCGUUUGCCAAAGAACUUCUUACUUAUGUCCCUGUCAAGAACCUAAAAUCGACGCAGAAGGCUAUUGAUAUCUUAAGAUCAGUUAGUGAAGACCUCAGGGCCACCCAGGCUGUGACAAUUAGUACGAAGGAAGACGUUGAAAACAUUCGGUAG